AUGGGAGUUGUGUUUAUUUCAAGUUCAGCUGCAAGAUCUCCUCUCGGGUUAAGCAGCGAUCUCUUGACGCAUCGGUCUUCACUUAAAAAGCCAUCCAUUGUUGCGUUCAAAGCCGAUGAUUCCAGCAAUUCAGCUUUGAUCAUUCCUCGUGAACAAGUUUUGAUUCCCGCGGAAAAGCAAAAGGUGAAGAGAGUAGUAACGAGGAGGAAGCCCUGUAAGAAACAGAAUUCUCCGGAUCACAUUUCGGCUCCUUCGUGCUCACUAGGAGUGGAUUACAAUGAAGCUGCUGCUAGGCUAGAGAGCAUCUUCAAGCUUAGUCCUGCAACAUCGGUCGAGGAUGAUGUCGACAUCGAUGGCUCCAAAGUGAAAGUUCCGCGGAGGAGAAAGAGGAAAGAAAGUGGUGAAGAGAAGAAAGUAGUUGUAAGGAGCAAUGGGAAGAAGGAAAAGCGACUGAGUCUUGAUAAACGGAUCGCUUUGAAGAGAAACAUUCAGGAGAAACCAGUUGUUGAUUCUGCGCAGAAGAAAGUAUCAAAGAAGCAGCAAGAAGAGGAGAAGAUGGACAGGCUCGUGAGGGACUAUUCAGCUUCUAAUGAUAUAGUGAGCUUGGACUGGAAAAAAAUGAAGAUACCUCCUGUUCUUUCUUCUACUGAACAUGCUUGGUUGUUUAAGUUGAUGCAACCUAUGAAGGCCCUUAUUCAAGUGAAAGAUGAAUUGCAAAAGAGCUUGGGAAGAGAGCCGAGGGAAGCUGAAAUAGCUGGGGAGAUCAAUAUGAGCACGGCUGAAGUGAAAAAGAAAAUCGAAAUAGGUAGAGCUGCAAGAAACAAACUUAUUAAGCACAAUCUCCGGCUUGUCUUGUUUGUGAUGAACAAAUAUUUUCAAGAUUUUACCAAUGGACCGAAAUUCCAAGACCUGUGUCAAGCCGGUAUGAGAGGGCUUAUCACAGCAAUUGACCGCUUUGAGCCCAAAAAGAAGUUCCGUCUUUCGACUUAUGGUUUGUUUUGGAUAAGACAUGCCAUCAUACGCUCUAUGACAACCUCAAACUUUACUCGUGUCCCUUUUGGACUUGAAUCAGUGAGAGUGGAGAUCUAUAAAGCAAAGAUGGAACUGUUGUUUGAGCUGGGAAGGCUCCCGACAGAGGACGAGGUAGUUGAGAGACUCAAGAUCACACCUGAGAGAUACCGCGAAGUAUUGAGAGCCGCAAAACCGGUUUUCUCACUAAAUUCGAAACAUUCGGUUACUCAAGAAGAGUUCAUCAACGGGAUCACAGAUGUUGAUGGUGUAGGAGCUGAUAACCGGAGACAACCCGCUAUUCUCAGGCUCGCUCUCGACGACGUGCUCGAUUCAUUGAAGCCGAAAGAGAGUCUAGUUAUUCGACAAAGGUACGGUCUUGAUGGAAAAGGCGACAGGACUCUAGGAGAGAUAGCUGGAAAUCUCAACAUCUCCAGAGAAAUGGUGAGGAAACAUGAAGUCAAGGCCUUGAUGAAGCUCAAGCAUCAGGCCCGGGUUGAUUACCUCCGUCAAUACAUCGUCUGA